AUGGGUCAGUCUAGAUUGCAAAAAAACUUCAAAAGCAGUGGAUGCUUUGUUUGGGUUAAGUAUGCAGUGAAGCAAUUGCAGAAGGGUUUCCUCUGCCUUCUAAAACAGGAAACCGGGGACUGCAACAUUACCAAGAAGAUCAUCGAUGAAGCGAACCCCAUGGAAGGACACUUCCCGGUGCUAGCCAUCUGCAAUGGUGAAGAAGCAAGGAAGUUCUUGGUUGCAUUAAGUUACCUUGCAUAUCCUCCCUUUGUCAAGUUGUUGGAAGCAGCCGAGCAAGAAUUUGGAUUUGAUCAACCGGGCGUUUUGGUCGUACCGUGCAAAGCAAAUGAGCUCCAAAGAAUUCUGUUGAGAGCGAAAGAAAUGAAGAAACCAUGA